GUUGUAGCAACAGGGUACUAGCAGUGCGAUUGAAGAAAACUGGCGCUGAUGGGAACGUCUUGAGGGAAAGCAUCGAGUAACAUGGCGAUUGUUGAGACAACGGCGGCAUUCUCUGUCUUUGAGUCGCAGUUACGAACUCUUUGUCUUGAAGAAUUCCCUUGUGGCACAGGAUCUUGGAGGGAAAAUAACAAAAAGAAGGCAUGCAGUCUUACGUCACAAAAUAAGGUGGAAGAGAAGUUCUCCAUCACUUUAAAAGACUAUGGAUCACAACAUGAGAAAACUGAGUCCCUGGAAGAGUAUAUAAGUGUGAAAAAGUCACCAUGGAAUCUGGACUACAGUUGGAGCAAUGAGGCCAAAAGUCUGCGUGAGAUUGCUGUCCGUUCACCGUGGCUGAUUGAUCAGAACUUUAUCUUUGGCUACUUCAAGACGCUCAGAAUUUGUGAUAAAGGCGUUACAGAGGUUGACAAAAGACUGUUGAAGUUUAGGAAUCUGGAAGAGUUAACUCUUAGCUCUAACAUGAUUGUAUCAGUGAGAUCUGAAAACUUACCUCCAAGUUUAAAGGUGUUGGAAUUGUGUGCUAACCAGGUGUCAGACCUAUCAGGCCUCUGUGUCAAGCCUCCAUCAUUACUGCAUCUUGGUUUGGGGAUGAACAAAGUGUCCUAUAUUGGAGAUUAUCUAACGGGGGAUUACUGGCCUCACCUGCUCUCUCUUGACCUGAGUCACAACAAUUUGAGUGAUCUUUUAGACAUCAUCAGAAAACUGGGCACUGUUCCAAAUCUACGUAAUCUAGUCUUACAAGGCAAUCCUCUUUCCUUAAUUCCAGGUUACCGUGGUUACACAGUGGACAGCUUGCGUAAACUGACCAUAUUAGAUGACUUGAUGAUCACAGCUGAUGAGAAACAUCAUUUCAAAGGUCUGGCCAGGAGAAGAGAAUUCAUCCUUGAUGAAGCCAAAGUCUUUCUGGAGGUCCAUUACAUAAAGGGGAUUCCCAUGCCUGAUGAACUUAAGAACCCUGAAGACCAGCCAGAAUACCCGAUUGUAGAGAAGAAGUAUUAUGUUGAAUUCAUGUACCUCCAAGACCGAUCCAGUAAGGCAGACGUGUUUACCGUUGAGGCUGACAAGGGAGAUAGCUCUCCUCCUCCAGACAGUGAACCCAUUCCCCAGUCAGAAACUAAGCACACAGUUGAGGAGCCUGUGGCUGAAGGCAAGGUGAUGGAGGCCAAGCAGGAGUCAGAGCUUGAUUCUGAUGUCCCCAAGAUCGUGUUGUUUGCCAAAGAAGCUGAAAUAGUCCCGGAGCCUGAGCACCCAGCCAAUGAUGCAGGAAGGCAGAGUUGUUACACAGAGCAGGGAACAGAAAUACCCUCUCCAAGUGAGAGUUCUCCACGAGUGGAAACAACUAGGUUUGCCCUAGCCCCUGUUCAGUCUGAUGGCCUGCCCUGGUCAGAGGACUUGGAGAUAAACUGGUCCACUCAAGUUGUAAGAGAUGACCUGGUCAAGCUCAGAGAUUUUUUCAGGGCUGGCAUGGAACUCAGAAUUCUAGAAGAAAAGGUGUUGGGGUACCCACCAGAGGUAACAUCAGAGGGCGAGAGCUCAAGUCCCACAUCCAAGAAGAGCGAUAAGGGUGGUGGAGGGAAGCCCGACAAAAACAGCAAGACAGACAAGAAGAAAGAUGACAAAGCUGCCAAGGGAGGUAAAGACGGCAAGAAGAAGAAGAAGACAGAUGUGGAGGAGGAGUUGGUGAGGUCACCACCAGAGAUCACCACCAUUGCCGUUUUCCAUGCCAGCCUGGAGGAACUUCUGGACGGAGAGUACGACCUGGAGUACCAGUUCACCAAAGUCCUGGGGGAAGGGGAGAGUGAGGAGGACUCUAAGGCUGAGAUCAAAAAGAAGGAUGGCAAAAAAGACAAAGAUGCAAAGAAAAAAGAAACAGAGAAGAAAGAACAGAAAUUGAAAGACAAGGCACGACCUAAAAGCUCUAGAUCCAUCCCAGACAAGAAGGAUGGUAAGGGUAAGGGGAAGACAGGAGGUGUCGUGGAGGAAGAUGAUGAGGCAGCCCUACCUCCCCCUCCCCUCCAGGUCUCUAUCGCAGUCCGUCUCCACCACUGGAACACUGCUUACGACUCCGUGAAAGAGGAAGAAGAAAGGAACAGGGUCAUCAAUCUCCCUCAAGCCCCUGCUUCUGUCAAGGGAGACAACUGAGCAGAAAACUUCAUCCAUCCAGAAAGAAAAAACCUACAAAUUACUGAUCAUACUUGUCAGUAGAAAACUGAAAAAAAAGAAAUUGCUAAAUUAUGGAUAUUUUAAUCCACAACCUUUUUGCUAAGAGUCAAUUUCAGUGCAGUUUAUGCACCAUUUUAAUAUGAUUUUGGAGGCAAAACUGCAUUGGCUGGGUUAGCCAAUUUAAGGGCUUUAAGUCUACAAUAAUGCAUCCAGAGUAUGCUUAAAAAAACAUCUUGCAAAGAUGCCAAAAGGUUGAAGAAUUACUGUAUAAGAGUGGGAAACCUGUCCUUUUUUCUGCCUGCAAUGCUCAAUUAAGGGAAAAUCUGGACCUAUUUUGGUAUUGGUUUUCAUAAGAGUAUUAUACAUGUAAUAUAAAGAUCAAGGGAAAAGAGGAUCAAUGUAAAUGGGUUUAUAAAAAGAAAAUAAGGAAAAAUUGUGUGUGUGUGGCUCCUACAGAAGUGACGUCAAAUGAUAUUUAUAAUUCUCACUGGUUAAAGGGGAGGCUAUGAGAAAUGUUGGGAUUUGUUCAGUAAGGGGAGGCUACUGUGUAAUCCUGUGUUCCACCUAGUGGAUACAUUAUAUAAAAAUAUGUUGUCAGCCUUUCAGUAAAUGUAUUGAAAAUAACCUUGAAGCAGUAUGUUUAUACUUAAGAGGAAAAUAUAGUUCAAAUGCUAUAGAAUUUAUGAAAUAAUAUAUUUGUUGUGCUGGAUAGGUGAUAUUUAUCCUUAAGAUAAAUCCUUAAGAUUAAGUUAAUAUUUUAACCAUGUCUUCUUAUCUGAAGUAAUCUCACUGCAGCCAUUUCCACUACCUGUUUUUUUUUCAGUUUACAGAGAUAUUAGUCCCUCUGAGUUUGAUGUUUUCUUGGAAGGAUCUUUUUUUUAUUGUCUUAUUCUUAAUUGUUUUUUUUUUUCUCAUAUGUGAUAAAAGUACAAAUGUACUAACUUAAUCAACAUUAUGGUGUUGUUGUUUUUUUUAUUUCCCUAUGUAGAUAACUACCAUAUUUGAUGUUUUAGCAUUAAGGUUAUCUAUUCUGACUUUUUGUGCCACAUGUUCUGUGAUACUAUAACUAGGAGAAAGUCAUUGAACACAUAUGUUGUAUAUAUGUACCUACCCAUCAGUGUCUGUGAUAGAUUUUAUUUGUUUCCUGAUGUACAAUAUUAUUUACACAUCAUAACUGGCUAGAGACAGUGGUAGGUCAUCAACAUUGCCUGAAGAUCAAAAUAUGCCACUUUAUCAGUGUUAUAACACAAAACAAUGUUUGUUGAAAGAGAUGAGCAAUAAAUUUCUUUUUUAUAUAUGUAUACACAGGAUUUACUUAUUUGUUUGUUUUUUUUUUUAUUAAUAUUUCACACAGGUACUCAGAUUU